ACAGUAUUCCGGGCAACUUUGCAGUGUUGAUAUCGGUGCCUUUGAAAUACAAGAAAAUUUUUUAUUAUUUAAAGCGACAAGUUAAAAAUUUUGUGUAAUUCUAUUUUGUGAAAAUGGCAAACUUAAUAAGCUUACUUAUCCUUUCAAUUGCUUUGUUCGCAACCUCGGCCCUUGCUCGGCCAGGAUAUGCUGUGGAUUAUUAUGAUCACCCCAAAUAUGCUUUUAAUUAUGGCGUUGCGGAUCACACAACUGGUGAUGUGAAAGCACAACAUGAGACUCGAGAUGGUGAUGUUGUUAAAGGUCAAUAUUCUCUUGUUGAGCCAGAUGGCUCAAUACGUACAGUCGACUACACAGCCGAUCCAAUUAAUGGUUUCAACGCAGUUGUCACCAAAUCAGGACCCACAGUACACGCACAAGCCGUAGUAGCUAAGCCCGUCAUAGCACACAAACCCAUUGUGGCACAUUAUGAACCAGUAGUUAAGCAUGUAGCACCAGCGCCAGUUGUGGUGCAAGCAGCGGCGCCUUAUGUACCUAAACAUUAUGCACCGGUCGCGCCCAUACAUUAUGAUUAUGAUGACGGCUAUUACAACAGCGGUGCUCACUAUGAAUAUGUGCCCCAAUACUCCGGUCACUAUUCUGGACAUUAUUAGUUACUCAAGCUGAGGUCUAUCGCAGUCUUAAUACAACGAAUUUUCUAUUUUGUAAUUUUUCUAUUCCAAAUCGCAAUAAUCGAAAAUUAUUUGAUGUAUUUCACGUAUUAAAUUAUGCCAACCAAAUGUACCUAACCAUGUAGUCUUAAGUUUUCUUUUGAUACGAGCUUUUUUAGUUUUUAUAAUGGAAAUGAAAAUAAAAAGAAACAAAAACUUUUUAAAAAAGUUUAAAACGAA